AUGAUUAAUUACAUUAUAAAACGCAAAGAAAAGAAAGAACAAGAGAAAACAACAACAAUAUUUAAAAUUUCACAAUCAAAUAUCAAAUUCAUAUCACUUGGAGAUGGAAUAAUAACAAAUAAAAAAGAAAUAGAAAUAGGAGAAGGAGAAGAAAUUGAAGUAAAUAAAGAAAUCAGAGAAUUAAUAUGUAUUGGAAAUGAGAAGAAAGAAAAAAAGAAAAUACAAAUAAGUAGUAAAGAAGAAAAUGAAAAAUAUUCAAUUAGAACAAAACCAAAUAUCAUUACAAUUGAAGGAGGAUAUGCAUGUGAAUUUGAAAUAUUCAUUACAACCAAAUGUACUACUAAAAUUAAAGAACAAAUAAUGAUAAUUAGUAAAACACUUAAUAAAACACAAGAAGAAAUAAUUAAAAGUAUUUCAAUUAAAGGAGAAACACAAAUAUCAACACGACUUGAUCCCGAUGAAAUAAAAGAAGAAAAUAAAAUAGGAGAAGGAUCAUUUGGAAUAGUAUAUAUAGGAGAAUUUAGAGGGAAUCAAGUAGCAAUUAAAAAAAUGAAAGAAAUUGAUAAAAGUGAAAAUAAAAUGAAAGAAUUUGAGAAAGAAGUAAUGAUGUUAGAUAAAUUUAGAAGUGAAUAUAUUAUUCAUUUUUAUGGAGCAAGAUGUUUAACAGGAUAUUAUUUAAUAAAUAAAGAAUGUUCAAAAUGUGGAAAUAAAUGUAUAACAUGUUUAAAUGAGAAAGAAUGUAAUAAAUGUGAAGAUGAAUAUAUAAUAAUAAAUAAAGAAUGUAUUCAUUAUUCAAAUAUUAAUAAAUGUAAAGAAACAAAAAAUAAUAAAUGUUCAAAAUGUUCAUUUUGGUAUGGAAUCAAUGAAGAAGGAACAAAAUGUAAUAAAGAAAUUGUAUGGUGGAUGAUAAUGAUAAUUAUCAUCAUUAUACUUAUUAUCAUCAUUAUAAUAAUUAUAAUUAUAAUUAUAAUGAUUAAUUACAUUAUAAAACUCAAAGAAAAGAAAGAACAAGAGAAAACAACAACAAUAUUUAAAAUUUCACAAUCAAAUAUCAAAUUCAUAUCACUUGGAGAUGGAAUAAUAACAAAUAAAAAAGAAAUAGAAAUAGGAGAAGGAGAAGAAAUUGAAAAAGAAGAAAAUGAAACAUAUUCAAUUAGAACAAAACCAAAUAUUAUUACAAUUGAAGGAGGAUAUGCAUGUGAAUUUGAAAUAUUCAUUACAAUCAAAUGUACUACUAAAAUUAAAGAACAAAUAAUGAUAAUUAGUAAAACACUUAAUAAAACACAAGAAGAAAUAAUUAAAAGUAUUUCAAUUAAAGGAGAAACACAAAUAUCAACACGACUUGAUCCAGAUGAAAUAAAAGAAGAAAAUAAAAUAGGAGAAGGAACAUUUGGAAUUGUAUAUAUAGGAGAAUUUAGAGGGAAUCAAGUAGCAAUUAAGAAAAUGAAACAAAUUGAUAAAGAUGAAGAUAAAAUGAAAGAAUUUGAGAAAGAAGUAAUAAUGAUAAAAUUAGAAGUGAAUAUAUUAUUCAUUUUUAUGGAGCAGUAUUUAUUCCUAAUAAAAUAUGAAUUUCAUAUCUUCAUUCAAAUGGAAUACUACAUCGAGAUAUUAAACCAGAUAAUUUUCUUGUUGUAUCAAUUGAUGAUAAUAUUGGAAUUAAUUGUAAAUUAA